AUGCUGGCCCUCGGACAUGUGUCUCCCUCGCCGUGCAUGUUCGAUGCAGUGCGCGCGCGCCCUCCCGCGAUACGUCCCCCGGAGGCACCGUCGCCCGCUCUGAGCUCAAGAAGAGACGUCUUCCACGCGUACGGUGUGCUUCUCCCUGUGCAUCCGCAGAACAGCACAGACAUGAAGCUGCAGCGGGCGGGCAGGGCGGCGUACGCCGUCCGGGUUGGAGGCGACGUCCAGCUAUAUGCUCCUUGUGCGCCGGUACGGUGUUCGGACUCUGCUACGGUACCCAUCAAUACUCCUUUCCAUGCCGACUCCGAGGCUUGCGAAGUGCGGGAGAGAAGAGCAUCAUCCACAAUCAUGCCGUCCGUCGUGCCGGAGAGCAAGGGUGCGGGCUGGCUGUUGCGUGUGAAGCAGGGCACGGGUACGGCGAUGCUGGCGCUGUGUGUGCUGGUAAUAAUUCCUCCGCUUCUUGAGCUGGAGUACGAAGGCGCAGAGCACGGUUUGCACGACCUGCUCUAUCAUGGAGAGACCUGCAACACAGAAUAUUUCGUCGAGGGACCGCACGGGAAGGUGCCGGAGAGGCAUUGGUUCUCUAUCAUUAGGCGAUAUAUGACCAGCCUUAUGAUCACUCUUAUGUAUGGCCGUCGCGUCGAUCGCAUUGUGGACAAUCCGAGGCUGCAUAUAACCUACACCGUAUCGUCAAAUUUCACACAUGUGGCUCAACCUGGGAGAUAUCUGGUGGGUGCAUUUCCUGUCUUGCGUUGGCUACCCGACAUUCUGGCCCCAUGGAGAGCAGAAGGGAAGAAGAUGCACGAAUGGGAGCUGAAGUUCUGGGGAAAACAAUUUGCUGACAGCCGCACGGCCUUGCUCAACGGCUCCGGGCUCAACGGUAUUGUACAGUCCUAUCUCCGUGCACGUACCGAGGCUGGACUGGAGGAUCUGCCCGGUAAUGGCGUGGCAGGAUGGAUGCGUGACAAGCUGGUGACAUACACCGCCGUAUCUCUCAUCGAGGCUGGCUCAGACACAACCUCGACCGCGAUCUUCUCAUUCAUGCUACUCAUGCUCAGCAACCCGGACGCUCUGCGGCAUGCCAAGGAUGAGAUGGACGGGGUGGUAGGCUCUAGCCGGAUGCCCGAAUGGGAAGACGAGGAUAGGUUGCCCUGGCUCAAAGCCUGCAUCAAGGAGACGCUCCGGUGUGCACCGCCGCUGCCCUUGGGUAUCCCGCACAAGGCAGACGAGGACGACGUUUACGACGGCUAUCUCAUCCCCAAAGGAUCCACGGUGAUUGGGAACAUAUGGGCCAUCCAUAUGGACCCCGUUCGGUACCCUGACCCAUCCGCGUUCAAGCCGGAGCGGUUCUACAAUCCAAACGGAAAGCUGGAGUGGGCCAGUGGUCCGGACACCCAUGAUCGUGACCAGUACGUCCUCACGGAGAUGUGGAAGGCGUCAUUGUUUAUUGUUCUGUCCCGUCUCAUCUGGGGCUUCGACUUCUACGCGGCGUCGGAUCCGCAGACUGGCAAAGCGAGGCUGCCUGAUGUCAACGACGAGGCCACGUUCACGGACGGGCUUGUGGCUGCCCCGAAGAUUUACCCUGCCGGGUUCAAGCCACGGUCCGAGAAGCAUGCCGAGAUGAUCAAGGCAUCGUAUAGAGACGUUCAGAACGACUGGCAGUCAAUGGGGCCGGCGGGAGAUGAGCGGUGA